GAGCGGCUGAAGGGCGUCUUUCUGCGGGGAAAUCAAUUUCGCGUCGAUUUAAGUACUGUAUUAGGUUACGCUUGAGGCCUCUUUCGAUCGCCUAGAAUAACAUCAACGCCGAUUUCACAGAGCUAUUGCGACACCUAGAGAAGUAGUAUCUAAGCUGUUUGCAUCGUUUACAACGCUUAUUACCAAUUCGACUCUAAAUACUGAGCUCUCAAAGGCCAAAGUGUAAAGAGUUAUCUAUAUCCACAAGAUUCCAAUCAACUCAGAUUUUGUCCCCUUUAUUAUCAGGCAACAUGUUUUCAGCUAUUCCUUUUGCAAAGUCAUUAUAUGAGACUUUGUCUCAAGCUCUCACAGGAAGAGAUGAGGUGCUAGAGGUUUUGGGUGCAUUUGACCUGUCCAAUGAAUCACUACAGGAAAUCAUGAGUCUUCUUAUUGGUGACUUUCAAAAAGGGCUCUCUGCUGAUGAAAGUGAGCGAGCAGAAAGCCCAAUUAAAAUGCUUCCUACAUAUGUAAGGGCCAUUCCUGAUGGCUCCGAAGAAGGUGACUUUCUAGCCUUGGAUCUAGGUGGAACAAACUUCAGAGUUCUUAAGAUUUCACUUGAAGAUGGCAAAGUCAAUAUGGAAAGUGAAAUAUAUCCUUUGGCCCAAAAUCUGAUGACCAGUGAUGCAAAUACUCUGUUUGACUACAUCGCUGGCUGUAUAUUACUCUUUGUGAAGAAAAACAAAAUAAGUGAAAAGUCGCUGCCAUUGGGGUUCACAUUUUCAUUUCCUGUAAAGCAGUUAUCACUGACAUCUGGCCUGUUGAUAAGAUGGACAAAGGGUUUCAGUGUUGACGGAGUGGAGAAUGAAGAUGUUGUCAAAUUGCUGCAUGAAGCACUUAUAAGGAAUGGAGUGAGUGCUAGUGUGGAUGUGGUGGCUCUGGUCAAUGACACCACAGGUACAAUGAUGUCCUGUGCAUUUGAGAAUCCAUCAGUCAGUGCUGGGUUAAUCUUGGGCACUGGAACCAAUGCUUGCUACAUGGAGAACCUUGAUAAUGUUCCUAAGUGGGACGGAGAUAGAGAUGAACCACGACAGGUGAUUAUUAACACAGAAUGGGGUGCAUUUGGUGAUAACGGAAGCUGGAAUCACCUCCGAACAAAGUAUGAUGAACAGGUUGACAAGGAUUCCCUGAAUCCCGGAAUGCAAUUAUUUGAGAAGAUGAUUUCUGGAAUGUAUCUGGGUGAACUUUGCCGAAUUGUUUGCAUGGACUUGGCUGACAAGAAACUGCUGUUCAAAGGACAAGCCAGUGACAAAUUCAAGACCAAAAACAGCUUCCUUACCAAGUUUGUGUCUGAUGUUGAAAGUCAUCAAAGGCACAAGAUAGACGAAGUUCUGAAAGAAAUGGGAGUGGAGAAACAAACUUCAGAGUCAGAUAUUGAGGUUUUGCAGCGAGUUUGUGCUGCAGUCUCUAUAAGAGCCGCGAGACUGGCUGCAGCAGGGAUUGCUUCAAUUGCCAAGAAAACAGGAAACUACACGACUACAAUUGCUGUUGAUGGAAGCCUCUUUAAAAAACACCCACAGUUCAAACGUUACAUGCAAGAGACUCUGUCUGAAAUUUUGCCACAAAGCAACAUCACCUUGAUGUUAUCUGAAGAUGGUUCAGGCAAAGGAGCAGCUCUCAUAGCUGCAGUUGCAUCAAAAUCAGAAAAACACCUAAUACAUAUUCAUGCGUUUUUAAAGUUAUCAAAUUUAAAGAGUCUCGCAGAAUCUGUGAAAGUUGAGAACAUGUUUGCAGCCACAUCUUUCGCACAAUUAGUCUGUGAAUCUCUGACGAGGGCUUUCACGAAAAGAGACGAGGUAUCAGAUUUUUUAGGGGCGUUUGACUUGUCGAGGGAAGCCAUCCUGGAAAUCACCAAUAGAUUAUGGAAAGACUUUGAUAGAGGCCUCUCUGCAGAUGAAAACGAACGAGCGAACAGCCCGGUCAAAAUGCUUCCAACUUAUGUGAGGAAGAUACCUGAUGGUUCAGAAUCUGGCAACUUCCUUGCAGUGGAUCUUGGUGGAACAAAGUUCAGGGUGCUAUCAAUCUCCAUACAAAAUGGCGAAAUUAAAGACAAAAUUGAAUUCCCACCUCUCGACCAGACAAUAAAAACUAGUGAUGCUGAAACGUUUUUCAAUUACAUCGCUCACCAUAUUUCUCUCUUUGUCAAGAAACAUGAGCUAAAUGAUCAAUUGCUGCCACUUGGGUUUACAUUUUCUUUUCCAGUGAAGCAAUCAUCACUCUCGUCGGGGUUUUUGACUCGAUGGACAAAGGGAUUUACUGCUUCUGGGGUAGUAAAUGAAGAUGUUGUCAAACUACUUAAGGAGGCACUUGGAAGAGAGGGGAUGGGUUCUAAUGUGGAAGUGUUAGCCAUUGUCAAUGACACCACAGGUACAAUGAUGUCCUGUGCAUUUAAAAAUCCAUCAGUCAGCGCUGGGUUAAUCUUAGGAACUGGAACCAAUGUUUGCUACAUGGAGCACCUUGAUAAUGUCCCUAAAUGGGACGGAGAUAGAGAUGAACCACGACAGGUGAUUAUUAACACAGAAUGGGGUGCAUUUGGUGAUAAUGGAAGCUUGAAUCAUGUUCGGACAAAGUAUGAUGAACAGGUCGACAAGAAUUCCCUGAAUCCUGGAAUGCAAUUAUUUGAGAAGAUGAUUUCUGGAAUGUACCUUGGUGAACUUGUCCGCAUUGUUUGCAUGGACUUGGUUGACAAAAAACUGCUGUUCAAGGGACAAGUCAGUGAAAAAUUCAGGACUAAAGACAGCUUCCCUGCUGAGUUUGUGUCUUGGGUUGAAAGUGGGGAAAAGCACCAGAUAGAUGAGGUUCUAAGAGAUAUGAAAAUGGACAAUGAACAAGCAACAGGAUCUGAUAUUGAGAUUUUGCAGCGAGUAUGUGCUGCAGUUUCCAUAAGAGCUGCCAGACUGGCUGCAGCAGGGGUUGCUACAAUUGUCAAGAAAACAGGGAAGUACACAACUACAAUUGCCGUUGAUGGAAGCCUCUUCAAAAAUCACCCACAAUUCAAACGCUAUAUGCAAGAGACUCUCAGAGAAAUUUUACCCCAAGCUAACAUAACCCUGAUGUUAUCUAAGGAUGGUUCAGGCAGAGGAGCUGCCCUCAUCGCAGCAGUUGCUCAAAGAAUGUAUAGCACUUGAGCUCAUGGCAAUAUUUUUCAGAAAAUUUUUUAAAUUGUAUUAUUGAAGAUUGAAAAGAAAGAAAUUUCCAUUAACUAUUGUAAGCCCGCAAGUAGCAUUUUAAAAUAUGCAGAGGAUAAAUACUGACUGCCUAGAAGUUAGACUUUUACCUCUAAGUCUGUAAACUGUAUUCUAAAAAAUGCAAUUCUGAUAUCAAAUAUUCUCAAUGAAUUAUCAAUAAUAUAAUUUAAUUUUUGUUUAUGCACAGUUAAAUGAACAAAAUAUAAGAUUUAGCCCCCAAAAAUUGGGAGCCUCUUUUUUAAAAUGUACAGAACUGUAGAGAAGAACAGCACAAGUCCAAAGAAAAUCAAUAAUCUGUCUGUCACCUCUCUUCUGUUAUACUUAUUCAGAAGAUUCUUGCUUGUCUGAAUUACUCCUGAUAAACCUUUGUAUUCUUCUUGUGUGUCCUUAACUUGAGAAGAAGAUUGUGCUGAAAAAAAUUUACAACGACAAAAACACUGAUGAAUUGUGCAGUAAACACAAAAAAAAUGGGAACGGUGUCAGCCUCUGAGAAAUUGUGGGCCUACCCUUCCCCUACUCCAACAACAGUUAACUGAUGACAAGUUGGGGUUAAUGUUGGGUCAGGGGAGGUAAGUGUGCAGUUGCUCAGAUACUGACAUUGAUCUUGAAAUUGUUUUGGAGUAUGGUUAAAUUAAGGUCUGUAAAACCAUUUGACUUUGCCAACUCUCAGCAUUACGCUGUCAAAACAAAGCAAUUCAAAAUGACAGAGGGUGAUUCAAUCAUGCCACUAACCAUAAUACAAUUUCUUAAUUCAUUGUUCUUCACCAAAAUGAAUAACCACAACAUUUGUCAAGAUCUUAUGAUUACCUCUAUCACAAUGAUUAUAACUGUUCAACAGCAAGAAAAAUCUAUUCAAGCAAGGUCAUCGUAUACAGCUUAAUAAUUAUUAUGAACCCUUCAACUCCAAAGAUCUGAUAGUCAAUUCUCCCCUCAAGCUAUUACAUAUUUCCUUUGAUGUUAGUUACAAGAGUUCGGUAUUAGAUCAAACCAACAAAUUCUACAUGAUAUGUCUGAGUAUUCUCAUUACCUGUUUGCUGAAUAAUGUAGGGUUAUUGCAGCUAGAAGUUAGAUGUUAAUCACUUCUGGGAGUUAAAGGGUUAAUGAUAGUAAACUUUGAGCGCCCCUCUUUGUGGAUCUUACCUAGUAUCUGCAUAUCAGCUUCACUCUGUUUGACUUGACCAUCCAUCAUCCUAGCAAUACUCAUCAAAUCUUGAGUUAUGUUACUAGCAGUCUUUGCUAAAUUUUCUUUGUUAAAGGUUCUGAAAAGUAACACAGAGGUGAGCAGUGAAUCACUUAAUAAUCAUUAUGGAAUAAACUAAGUUACAAU